UGCAAAACAGUAUGAAGACAGCUUUGGGGGUCAUUUUGAUUGCAGUUGCGGUGGUUUCGCUUCAAGGUAGUCCGCUGACUAAACGUCUCCAGCAAAUUAGUCCCGAGAAUCUUGAACGCUUGCGUCACCCGAAGCCCGAUGAGCUAAAGGAGGAACUGAGUGGCCAGUUCGAGGGCGAUAUCGUGCUGACCGAAGAGCAGGACGAUGCCAUCCUGCAAAGUCACAAGCGAAACGGUCACGUAGAUCUGGAUUACCGAUGGCCGAACAACGAAAUCCCGUACGAGAUUGCGGUGGAACAUUUCUCUCCAGCGCACGUGGACUACAUCGAGCGAGGUCUCCGGAUUCUGGAGCAACGGUCGUGUCUUCGGUUUCGACCGCGUCGCGACGACAGCGAAUCGUACAUCCGCGUGAUCGGAGACGACGCCGGCUGCUGGUCCCGGGUGGGAUACGUGAACGAAGGCAUGCAAGAGCUGCACCUGGAUCCGGAUCCGCUGGACACGGGAUGCUUUCGCAUUGAAACGAUUGUGCACGAGUUUCUGCACUCGCUCGGAUUCUACCACCAGCAGAGUGCUACCGAUCGGGAUGACUUUGUCGAUGUGAUACUGGACAACAUCCAAGACGGGAAGCAGCACAACUUCAACGUCUAUCCGGCGGACGUUGUGACGGACUUUGGCGUGCGAUACGACUAUGGCAGUGUGAUGCACUACGGACCGAUGUCUUUUAGCAAGAACGGAUUGCCGACAAUCGUGCCGAAGGAUCCGAACGCGGUCAUCGGACAGCGGCUCGGGAUGAGUGAGCGUGACAUCUCGAAGCUAAACUUGAUGUAUGGGUGCUUGAACAAAAAUUAAAAGUCCAAAAGCUUCUUUCACAAACUCACUUACAUUUCCAUCAUUUAAAAAAGCUACAAUAAAUUCGAUUGUACAUCUUCUUGAUUUUCAAAA